AACAAACAGUUCGACUGAAGGUUACACUCGGCUGGCUGCUUCCAUACAUUCUCCAGCGAAAAUGUUUUGGACGCUGCAUCUGUUGUGGGCUCUGCUGCUCCACGUCACAGAUACCUUGGCUGAUGAUGUCCUCAACCAGAGUCCAAUUUCUGACCCAGUUUCUGUUGGUCAGACCGCCCGGUUGAAGUGUGUGCUGCAGAACGGUAUUGUGGACAGUUACGACAUGCGUUGGUACCGACAGACACUCGGAGAAACUCCAAUGUUUGUGCUCCAGCAUAAGGCUGAUGGUGCAAUACACAGAGGCACCGGCUUCACUGACCGUUUCCAACCUUCUCGAGACUCGUCCACUAGCAGUUACAUCCUAACCAUCGAAAACGUGGUCUCUGAUGAUGCUGCCAUCUAUUACUGUGAAGUGUGGGGAUACAUCUUCGGAGGUGGAACCGCCCUGAGUGUUCGGAGUAGUGAUGAUCAGAAACCAUCUGUCCUUCUGCUACCUCCUUCACCAGAGCAAAUAGACACGGGAUCAGCCACUCUGUCCUGUCUGGUGAGUCGCUUUAAGCUGGGCUUUGUGCAGGUCCGCUGGAGUGUAGAUGGAAAAGAGACAGACAGUGGGGUGACCACAAGCGCCGUGUCCCCAGACAGUGAUCAAAGCUACAGCCUGAGCAGUUACCUGACAGUUCCGGCCACUGACUGGAAGAAAGUCUCCAGAUAUUCCUGCAGUGUGAGGCACAGUUCACUGAACUCGCCUCUCCUCAACACCAUCAGCUCCGGUGACUGUCUGCUCUGAGGCAUAAUAUGUCACGGGUCAGUCACUGUGUGCCAAACGGCACAGUGUUGUUUGAUUUUUGUUUUAUAAUGUAAUUUUUGCAGCAAUGUCAGUAUUUGGUGAACACGUCAAACAUUGAAGGGUUUCAGGAGUGGGUGAAAUGAUUGUUCCAUUUGGUGAGUGGGGAUUUCCUGUUGCAAUUGUCGCCAGAAUUGUGUGUGUAAACUCUUGAUCUGGAUAGAAUGGGGUGCAAUCUCCCUUUGUAGACAAUGACCAUGUUGCAUUUGUGAACUUUCCGGAAAUAUAACUCUGAAUAAAUAUGAGACGGUACCA